GCUGCUAUGGACGUACCCUUCACGUACGGGAGCGGAGGAGGGCAGGUCGGUGCUGCUCCUCCUCCCGCUGUUGGUGUGAGGGUAUAAAAGUAUGAUCACUGGGCAUAGCGCAUUCAGUUCUCCAACGACCUCAACAAGAGGCAAGGCAGCGAGUCUCACCACAAGAUUGCAGCCAGUACCCGCACAUUGCAUUCUACAGACGAAGCGGCGACAACAAACAGAACAUACGAGAGUGCAUCCUUCUUGAAGAUAACUGGUGCAGGCGGACCGCCAGCAAACUGAUCAUUAUUUACUGUGGCAGAAGUCCCCCUCAGCGGGCAUUUCAUGACCAAUGUCGUCCUCUUGCGUUCCUCCAAAGGGCUCGAUGGUAUCGCACGACCCAGACCCGAGGUCGAACAGCGAACGUAACCAUGGGGGCGAUACUGACAGUGAAUGUGGGUCCUUCUGCACCUGCACAACCAGUAGUAGCACGACUUCCCUGGCGACGUCCGUGACUCACCCUCAGUCUAACGAAGACGACCCUGAUAGUCGAAGGAGUUCGUCUGCUUCGGCGGUGGAGCCACUACCUGAAGAAGACGAAGGAGGAGAAGAAGAGUCAUCUCCUCCACAGACGCAUGAACGGCAGCGCCAACAACAGGCAGCGAGUGCAGCCACUCCAGCUCCUGCAGUGGCUGCCGCAGCAGCAGCUGCAGCGGCUGCUCAACCGGCUGGCGCGAAUGGAAGCUCAUACUUUGUGGUCUUUGUCCCUCCCACAAUGCUUCCAGGACAGAGCAACACCAACUGCGGCAACUGCCACGGUCACAACAAUUUGAAUCUGACAAUGAAAACCACACUGAUGACUGCCCUCGAGUUUUGUCCUUGGAUAGCUGGCAUCGUCUUCAUCUACUACGCCUUCUACCUGUGGGGCAUUGGACCAGGAUUCUCGGCCUUCCUCUUCAUGAUGGGAACGCACGCCUUCAUUAGGUUCCUCAGAACUAAAGGGCCUACCAAAUGUGGCCUCUUCAAAUUAAACAGAGUUGAUGAGAAUAACCCUCCACCUGAGACGACAGACAACGAAGAAACGACCACAGAGGUCACCGUAGAAGUGGAAAACGCCGAUGCCCCCGACGAAAUCGAGAACGAAAGCCCACCUUCGUACGAGGUUGCAGUUGUCAAACCUCCACCCUACGACCUCUACCAUCACCUGACGCCCACGCAACCCCGCACCCAGUUCCAGUCAGAAUACGAGUACAGGAACAGCAUAGACUACUCGAGCAGCAUAGGCUACAGGAGCAGCAUAGACUACAGGAACAGCAUAGACUACUCGAGCAGCAUAGGUUACAGGAGCAGCAUAGACUACAGGAACAGCAUAGACGAGAAUUUCUUGUCGGUGCCCCAAAUGACGAUCAAGAAAGAGCCCUCCGAAGUUGACGAGGACGACGAUAUAUUCUUGCCAUCCUAUAAUGACGCCAUUCGCCUCUCCAUCUGUAGUGGAAAAAGCAUAGAGGCAGAGAUUAUAGAAGAAAACGAAGACAGCAAGGACAAGGACAAGGACAAGGACAAGGAAAACAACGAGGAAUCUUGAGCCUUCUGAGCAAACUGAAGCGGCGCAGCUCUCUUUCAUCAGAGAAAUUUUGUCAGGAUGUGGAUGGUGUUCCUGGAGGCGGCGGAUAAGACUGGCGACACCCAAGUCAUGGAAAUCGUUGAGACCAAGCGAGUUAUACGAAGGUCGGCAGUUUUGCUGAUCUACGAUCAUAGUUCGUGCAGAUUUACGGGUAUAUGACCACUAAGCCUUUGCGGGUUUCCCAAACGAACGAUACUGAAGAAGUUCCUUUGUGAUCUCUGUGAAUAUCGUGGUAUGUGACUGAAGCAAGUGCGCGUAUGUUUGCAAUGUGCACAGCGGUAUGAAAUCGCGGCAGAUAACAGGUACUACAUCGCAUUUUGUAAAUGAGGGAGUCCCUUCAUACUCUGCUAUGUUAACCGUAUCGUUGACUGUUGUCAUUCUAAAAGGAACGGCAAGGCCUGUCAUGACGUUAUAUAACACAAGGGUGUUACCUUUGUUCAUUAGGUUACUUUUAGCAAGCCGGAAGUGGGAACAAACACGUUUUUUUUAGAGACAAAGAGAGAAUAAAUUUUGUAUGAUAACCAUGAAUAGGAACCUUGAUUUUCGGCAGAAAUAUCCAAAUAAGUCAUUUGAUUUCAACAGAGGGGUACAGGACAGAUUUCCACUGGCUUAUGAAUGUACAAGUGAGCUUUUUUUCUAAGGGGAAAUUCAUUCGUUAUCAAGAGGUGUUCCAACACUGCACAGGUCACGUAUUUUUUCAGAUUAUGUCUUUGUCAGUAAAACCUAAAGCUUUACCACGAAAAUUUCACGUAUUUUGACAUUUUUUAAUUUAGCCGUUCGACUUCGAGGCAAAAAUUUUGUUUCUACUUCCUAUUAAUGGAUAGCAAAAGGCUGUUUCCCCAUUACUAAUCAAAAUCCAGUGCCACAAUUCCACGCCGAUAGAUCUCUGUACCCAUCAUCAGCCUCACUUUUCAAAACGAACUCAUCUCAUCGACCGAAUGUUAUCUCACUAUUUAAUCAAAGCGAUUCUCAUUCUUUUCACUCAUUUUCCCUUUGUGCAUUAUCAUCAUCAUCAUCAUCACCAUCAUCAAUUAUUAUCACUGUUAUAGGAACUUGUUGCUGUUCAUACACACGGAAACUGUACAUGACAGGCCAAUUAGAUGUACCUGAUCUGGAACUGUUCAUUCCGUACAAAACUGAAAAAUAAAUUUUGUUGUCACUCUUGAUUGGAUUUGUCACUUGCUCAGCACCAUAUUAUAAAAUUGUAUUUAUUCUUUUUGUAAUAUGGACUGUAAUUUAUAUCCACAAAAUAAAACACUACUGAUUACA